UCACCAGUCCCACCAGUCCGCUUCACCUCCUCCUCCUCCUCUCCUCCUCCUCCCCAGUGCGACACACACGGGGCUCCAGGCGGCUGCGCGUCACCGACUCUCCUGCGGCUCCAGCCCGGAUUUACGCACUCAUCUGUCUCCCCAUCGGCUUGCUGCAACUUUUUACUUUUAUUUUAUUUUAAUCCGCUGCCAUUAAUUAGGUUUUUUUUUUCGUUAUUAAUUUCGGAUUUUUUUUAGGGGGAGUGAUUUUUACUUUUAGUUGCAUCUGUGGCAAAAGAACCUCCAUCGAUUUCAGGAGAGAGAAAGAGAGAGAGAAACUUCGCUUUUUUUUCGGGUUCAAAAUUGGGCUUUUUUUUUUUUCCUUCUCUUUUACUGGAUUUUUUCUUUUUCUCUGGAUCCCUUCCCCCGAGGAGAUAUAUAUUUUUGCAACCAUGCACAAGCUGUACAUUGGGAAUCUAGGCGACACGGUGACCGCCGAGGACCUGGGCAAGACCUUUGACGAGCACAAGAUCCCGUACGCGGGCCAGUUCCUGGUCAAGAACGGCUACGCGUUCGUGGACUGUCCCGACGACAGCUGGGCCAUGAAAGCCAUCGAGACGUUUUCCGGUAAAGUGGAGCUCCACGGGAAGCGGAUCGAGGUGGAACACUCCGUCCCAAAGAAGCAGAGGACCAGGAAGCUGCAGAUCAGGAACAUCCCGCCUCACCUGCAGUGGGAGGUGCUGGACGGUCUUCUGGCCCAGUUUGGAACGGUCGAAAACCUCGAACAAGUGAACACAGAAAGUGAGACGGCGGUGGUCAACGUGACGUACGCCUCCCGGGAACAGGCCAGGCAUCAUGACACAGAAACGUGGUGUCACAUUGAAGUGUUACGGUGCCAUGUGACGUGUCCCGCCGUCUGCCCACACAGAGCCAUCCAGAAGCUGAAUGGGUACCAGUUUGAGAACAACGCCCUGCGGGUGUCCUACAUCCCGGACGAGACCUCGGAGAUGGAAGGAGGCCAGCGGGGGCCCGACAACGGCCGGCGCCCGGGCUACGGGCCCCGGGGCGGUCUCCGCGGCGGCUCCCCCAGCUCGGGGAUGCCCAACAAACCCCCACACGCCGACAUCCCCCUCAGACUGCUGGUACCCACGCAGUACGUCGGCGCCAUCAUCGGCAAGGAGGGCGCCACCAUCCGCAACAUCACCAAACAGACGCAGAGCAAGAUCGAUGUCCACCGUAAGGAGAACGCGGGCGCAGCUGAGAAGCCCAUCAGCAUCCACUCCACCCCCGAGGGCUGCUCGGCCGCCUGCAGGAUGAUCCUGGACAUCAUGCACCAGGAGGCCAAGGACACCAAGACCGCUGACGAGGUCCCUCUGAAGAUUCUGGCUCACAACAACUUCGUGGGCCGGCUCAUCGGGAAGGAGGGACGCAACCUGAAGAAGGUGGAGCAGGACACCAACACCAAGAUCACCAUCUCCCCUCUGCAGGACCUGACGCUGUACAACCCCGAGAGGACCAUCACGGUGAAGGGCUCCAUCGAGGCCUGCUGCCAGGCCGAGGUGGAGAUCAUGAAGAAGGUGCGGGAGGCCUACGAGAACGACAUCGCCGCCAUGAACCAACAGACCCACCUGAUCCCCGGCCUUAACCUGGGGGCUCUGGGCCUCUUCCCCUCCUCCUCCAACAUGCCCCCCCCUCCACCGGGGAACUCUGGGAGCGGCGCCCCCUACGGCUGUUUCGGGGCUCCCGAGCAGGAGACGGUCCACGUCUACAUCCCGGCCCAGGCGGUGGGAGCCAUCAUCGGGAAGAAAGGGCAGCACAUCAAGCAGCUGAGCCGCUUCGCCGGAGCCUCCAUCAAGAUCGCUCCAGCUGAGACUCCAGACUCCAAGAUGAGGAUGGUGAUUGUGACGGGACCACCGGAGGCCCAGUUUAAGGCUCAGGGCAGGAUUUACGGCAAACUGAAGGAGGAGAACUUCUUCGGGCCCAAAGAGGAAGUCAAGCUGGAGACUCAUAUCAAGAUGGCAGCUGCUGCUGCCGGGAGAGUCAUCGGCAAGGGAGGCAAGACGGUGAACGAGCUGCAGAACCUGACGGCGGCGGAGGUGGUGGUUCCCCGGGAGCAGACUCCUGACGAGAACGACCAGGUCAUCGUCAAGAUCAACGGCCACUUCUACGCCAGCCAGCUGGCUCAGAGGAAGAUCCGGGACAUCCUGACUCAGGUCAAACAGACUCAGAAAUCCGGCAUGGGGGGCGCCAGUCCCGGCCCCAACCCCAACCCCAACCCCCAGGGCUUCACGGAGAUGAGCGGCCCCGCCCCGGGGCUGGCCCAAGACCAGCAGCCGCGCCGGAAGUGAGGGCCCCCCCGGGUCCCCCCGGGCCCCCCUCCCACCUGACGGACCGAUGGACACGCGCACAGACGGACAGAUGGACGGACACAGAAGAGCGACACACGAACCCAGCGAUAGAUAGGGAGAGACUUGUAGAGGGAGGAAGUAACGCCCGAGAGCCACUGAGAGAGAGACAGAGAGAGAGAGAGUCAAAUCAAAAGAUGAAAUGGAUAAAAAAAAAAAAAUAAGAGGCUUAAGAUGAAAAACUUGAAAACAGAGACCCGAUGCCAGACCAGA